AUGCGGUCUCUGAAUGCAGCCCACAGUUACGUUGCAGUUUUUCUGGGCGUUUUGUGCUGGGCGCAAGCGAAUGGGCACGAGUGGGAGUCGCGGGAGGUUCUGGAGUUUCCCGAGGUGCUGGUGGGCAUGCACAGGAUCGACGUGGGCCUGGGAGUCCCCAGCUUUCGCUCUUCCUACGACUUGUACGGACGCGACCACCACUCUGCAAACGCCUACCCCGGCCUCUACCACACUAGUUUCUACGUGCCUGCGCUGCCUUCCGCGGGCCAGCUGCGGGACUGUUUGUUGAACUACACUUUGGACGAGUUGGCGGACGCGCGGCGCUACGGCGUGUUCAGCGUGCGCGCCGUGUCAGUGCUGGUGAACCGCAAGCGGGGCCUGCUGGAGUUCCGGCUGAAGCCCCACGAGCUGCAGGGCCUGCGGCGGGAGGCGCGGCGGCUGCUGCACUACCCCGGCGCGCUGGUGGUCCGCAAGCCCAUCCCCCACGACUGCAUGUUCGUGAAGGGAGACCCGCUUUCCUUUUACAUUGACCAGAACGGAGUGAGUUCUGUGUGGCGGGUGGCGGUGAACCUGUCGCCCGAGGCCUUUGCGGUGUACAGACCCUCCCGCUCCGCCGCGCCCCACUUCGCAGUCCCCGCCGGCGCCCUCUUCGACUCCACUUUUGUUUCCGUGGGAGUUUGUCUGUUGGCCACGCGCGUGCGGGCUCAGCCCGAGGAGUUGGUGCUGGAGGCCUCGCUGCGGGAGCUGCGGGUGAAGCAGAUCUUGGGGGGCGGCCGCUACCGGCUGCUGCACGUCUUUCGCUGGGCUGACUGCCGCUGCACUCCGCAGAAGCUAAGAGAAAUCGCCUACUGGCUUCUCCCCAGAGAGGAAGACAGCGUGGUUUUGGUGCACACGGGCAGGGCCCCCGGCCAGACCGACGCGGCCCGCUGCCAGAGCGAGCCGCUGCGCAGAUACACCAGCUGGGACGCCGCGCGCGCGGCCCCGGGCCUGGCUCUGGAGUCGCCGCUGCUGGCGCCUUGA